AUGGAUAAGGCUCGCAACAACACCUCUGGCAAAAAUGGGUCCAGUCAAGUAUCAGGAACCAACGUGGAUUCUUCAACUACCAAGAAGUCGACGAAGCCCCGCAAACAGCCGAAAACAGUUUCUGCUAUAGGCUCCAAGAACUUUUAUUAUCCGGGUGUUCCCACAGUGGCGAAUUUAGACGCCGGCAGCCUAUUUUAA